UUCGAUUUAUAUGAAAAAUAUUUUAGGAAAUAUUGCAUUCUGAAUGGAAGUGUACCAUAGUACCCCAUAUACUACUUGUACAUAAUAUAAUAUAUAUUUUUAAUCAUAUAUAAUAAAGUAUGAAAUAAGGGUAAUUGUUCAUCUUACGGCACGCGUUUCAUUCUUUUAUACCAAACGAUUAGGAAAUGUAACGAUUACUGCGGAAAAUCUCCAAGAAAAAUGUCUGUGAUUAAAACUUAUGAUAUUUAUAUCACAUUUGGUUUGCGCGGUAUUAAGAGACAAAUAAAUAUGUGAUCAUUGAUCAUGUAAUAGUAUAAACUUUAUCCGGUACCCGAAACAUUUUUACAGAGUACACAGACUUUGAAACGGAAUAAAAAUUGGAAUAUUUAUUCCGUUCGGUAUUUAAGUAUUUUGAAAUAUAUUUUUUUUGUUUUCCACUUCUCACCGUAAGCAAUAGCCUUGAAUGGAGCUUGCGAUUCUAUAAUGUUGGCAAUGCGUCAAAAUUAACUGAAAAAAUGAUAACAUGGUAUCGACCAAUGGGACGUCGCAUUAUGGCGUUUGAUUUGCAUUUUCAUUAGAUAAUUUGUACUCUACCAUUUCUCCCGAUGAUUUUUAAAACAUAUAAAAAAAUGUACGGAAAAGUUACAAACGACAAUUUUUUCCCAUCAAAAUAUAAAUGCUAUUAAGCAUUCACUUUCAACCUAUGAGCAUUGAGCACAAGAGAGGUUGAUGAAUUGACAUCUUGACAGUUAUUAGUUAAGUGAUACUGAGAUUUAAAAUUAAAAGAAUUAGGUACCUACUCGUGUUUAAUUCCGAGCACCCUCAAAAUGGUUAAAAAUAAAAGUAGCCGAUCGGCCACUCAAAAUAGCAGUGCAACAAAUAAACGCCCUCAAGGAUCAAUUAAAAAAUAUUGUACCGAAAAAAAAAUCAGCAAGAAAAAUAAUCUUCGCAUUAAACUUAGGAAAAAUGUAAGGGACAAUGAUAUUCAAAAUGCAAUUAAUUCUACUCCAAAUAUUUUAAAUAGUAAAAAUAAUAAAAGGAAAAAAUCUUUGGAAAAUGUUGAAAAUAACCUAAUAUUAUAUGAAAUCAAACCAUUAAGUCCUACAAAACUCUCGAUAAGUGUUAAAAAGUUCUACAAUAAUAAUAAAUUCAAAGAAUAUGAAGACAAUAUACAUUUACACAACAAAAAUAAUACAGCGCAUAUAAAGGAAAUGAUGACUAUUAAUACAAAUAAAAAUGAAGAUAAUAACGAUGUCAAACAUAAAAGUAUUUUGAAAUGUGAAAAAAAAAUACAGCAGAACUAAAAAGAAGUUAAAACAUUUUAACUAUCAAAAACCUUAUGAUUUGAAUCCACAACUAAAUAAAGGUAAAAUUAU